AUGAUAUUGGAUGACCGGAGAAUGAAAGUGCAUGAGUUAGCUCAUGCUGUAGGUAUCUUAACUGAAUGGGUCCAUCAUAUUUUACAUGAAUAUUUGGACAUGAAAAAACUCUCCGCGAGAUGGGUACCGCAAUUGCUCACACUCGACCAUAAGCGCAAUCGUGUAACCACUUCAAAAGAGUGUUUAGCGAUGUUCAGCCGUAAUCCGAAAGAAUUUUUGCUCCGUUUUGUUUCUGUAGACGAAACAUGGAUUCAUCACAACACGCCAGAGACCAAGGAACAAUCGAAACAGUGGGUUGCUAGGGGUAAAUGUGGACCAAAGAAGGUCAAACAGAGUCUGUCAACUAACAACGUCAUAGCUACAGUAUGCAAGCGGUGUUAUUCACAUCGAUUACCUCGAGAAAGGUAA